UUGUAGGUAUGCUGAACUUCAGACAUACUCAGAACUGAACUUCCACCCGAUAGAGGAUGGGCACUGUGACGUCAUUAUUGAAAAGCCAACCAUUUUCAUGAAACUUGAUGCUGGGGUGAACAUGUACCACCAUUUUUGUGACUUUGUAAAUCUCUACAUUUCUCAGCACAUUAACAACUCCUUUAGCUCAGACAUCAACAUCGUCAUGUGGGACACAAGCUUUUAUGGAUAUGGUGAUCUGUUCAGUGAAACAUGGAGAGCCUUUACAGAUUAUGACAUCAUCCACCUGAAGACAUAUGACUCAAAAAGAGUGUGUUUUAAAGAUUCAUUCUUCUCCCUUCUUCCAAGAAUGAGAUAUGGUCUCUUCUACAACACACCGCUGGUCACAGACUGCCACACUGAAGGGAUGUUUAGAGCGUUUUCUCAGCACGUGCUGCAUCGGCUUAACAUCCCACAAAAGGGACCAAAGGAGGGGCGUGUUCGUGUCACACUGCUGGCGCGCAGCACAGAAUACAGAAGGAUCCGAAACCAGGUGGAACUGGUCAACGCUCUUAAAACUGUACCUCUUCUGGAGGUCAGUGUGGUGGACUACAAAUACAAGGAUGUUCCCUUCCUGGAGCAGCUCAGCAUCACCCACAACUCGGACAUCUUCAUAGGGAUGCAUGGUGCUGGGCUCACUCACCUCCUCUUCCUCCCUGACUGGGCUGUCAUCUUUGAGCUAUAUAACUGUCAAGAUGAGAGCUGCUAUCGAGAUUUGGCUCGCCUGCGCGGCAUUCGAUAUGUGACUUGGCAGAAAAUGGACAAAAUGCUCCCCCAGGACAAGGGCCAUCAUCCUACUUUAGGGGACCAUCCUAAGUUUACUAACUACUCCUUUGACGUGGGGGAGUUUGUGCGUAUUGUGCUAGAAGCGGCUGAUUAUGUCACGCAACAUCCCAAAUGGCGUCGGAGUGUCCAUCAUGAUGAACUGUGAAGUACCAGAUGUCGCCUGCUGUGGAGCUCGUAACUUGAAUGAUAACGGGAGGGUGUUUUAAGGUGUUAUUAAAAGUUAUGUAACUGACCAGUAAAUCUCAGUCACACAGUGUUAUGCUUGUCACCUCUGGUCCACCGCUCUGAUAGAUCUUGAUGAAAGAAAGAAGUAUGGCGACAGCUCGUGUUUGAGUAGCUUUCACUAGUCUUAUUAGUGUCACAUCAGUUAAAGGGUGCGUGCAGUUGAAGCAGCUGGAGAGCAAUAAGACGUCUCCCAUGUUUCUUCAUUACCUCCACAGCAGCCACUUCAUUCCAUGUCGUCAAAGUUGGUAAAUGAGCAGCUGUUUUGGCACACCCUUCGCAUGCGACAUCCUGUCUUAUUCCAUCAGUGUCAUGUUGACGGGAGCCUCUCGAGAGCUGCUGACAAUCACAGUACAGUUUGUGAGCACAGCCAGCAUAAACCAGCCCAAAGUCAAGCAUUAAACUCUUAGCUGUAUCCACACUUUUAAGUUUUUACCACCCAGUUAAAGUGUUUAGAAAUACACUGCAAUCAUGGAUCAAUUUACAGUAACACUAUAUCUAUGUUUUUAACAUGUGGUGCUUUUUAAAAGUGUUCACAGCUCUUGAAGAUUUACACAUUUUGUCAGACUGAAACUACACUUACUUUCACUUCACCAUAUUUUAUUUGGAUUUUAUUUGAUACACUAACUCAUAGUAGUGCAUAAAUGCAAAGUGGAAAGAAAUAAAUAUACUUUUUUCAUGUUUUUUUAGGAAUAAAAAUCUGAUACCACUUAAUAUUGACAGACUCAUUAGAUAAGAGUCCAGCUGUCAGUAAUUUAAUCUGAUUAUGAAAGCAGCUGAUCUAUUAGGACCAAGAAACACAGUAAUCAGGGAUAAUGUUUUGGAGAAUUAAUUUAAGUCAUGGGGAAGUCAUUCAGAGAAGCAACCGAAAGGUCCAGAACUCAUAUGGAAGACUUUCUUUACCUCUCAGCUAUUAGUUGUGCAUCCUACUUUUCUGGCCUUUGUGGAAGAGUUGCAUGAAGUAAACCUGUGUUGUAACGGUCACAAGAAACCAGGUUUGCACCAAGCUAAAUGAGGAAAUGCAGAAAAUAUUUGGAAGAAGGUACCCCGGAUGGCUGAGUAUUGAAGUAUGGUGGUUUAACCAGGGGGCAUGAUAAAAAAUGCAUGCCAGAUUUAGAACAACAAAAAACUUGUUUAACUGUCCUUCCACUUUACAGUAGUGCAUUACUUGUGUUAUAUUCAGUCUCAUACAAUCUCACACUUGUUACUGUGGGAAUGUGUAAAUACUCCAAGGAUUUUGAUAUGUUUAUGUUUAACACAUCCCAGUUUACAUUUAUAUUUCUUUUUUGUUGUGAAACUCUGAAUUAUUGCAGCAAACUGCACCUGACUUACAGGUGUGGUUCCAAUGUUUUCAUCACAACUAGAAAGGUAAAAACAGGAUAUUUGCACCCACUCUGCAGCUGGCAGAUAAGUUUUUUUUAAGCAUUAGUGUUAAUGUUUGGUGUUGCACAUACAUCUAGUAUUAUUAAAGUAAAUAAAUUAUGUGUUAGUAACUUAAGUUGAACUCUCAGUAUAGAUAUCUGAGAUCAUGUUUGUUUACUUUUGUUGUUAAACAUUUGUUUACAUUUUUUUAAACUUGUGUCACUGUAAACAUUUAAAUCUUUGUUACUAUUGUUUUUGAUUACGCUUUUUUAAAAUCUUUUCCUUAUUUGACUAAAUUAAAACCUCAGUGUCCUAAAAGUGACUUUGUGAGCACAUUGGUUAGAUCUGUAUGCUUUUCUAAAGCCCCUGAAUAGUAUUGAUAUUGUGUGUGACACUAAAUGAAGUAAAAAAAAGCAAUUACUACAGUUUGAAAUCAGCCUAAAGCAAUAAGGAGUAGUUCUCUCUGUGAACACAGGUUUUUGAUUAACUGCAAUGUUUAUAGUUUAAAAUUUAAAAGCUGUGUACUAUUUCUAAAUAAACACUAAUUUUGAUAUA